AUGCGUUCCUCCCUCCUUCUGCUCGCCGGUCUGGCGAGCUCGACUCUCGCAUACCCUGCAGACAUCGCUCACGAGCGCCGCACCUUCGGUCUUCUCGCUGAUAUCCUCGGCGAUGCCGUUGUCGACGUCGGUGGUAUCCUCGAGGCCAUCCUGGGUGGUGGUGCCCACGUCUCCGUCUCUCUGCUCUCCGGCCUGAGUGCCCACGGUGCUGCUGCUCUGGAGGGUGGUGCUCUUGGAUGCAGUGCUGGCACCAUCCACGCCGAUGCCCGUGCCCAGCUGAAGUCCUGGUUGCACGGCCAGACUCACAUCACUGGCACCCUCAAGACCCACCUGCUGUCGUGGUGUGAGGCUGAUGCAGAUGUUACCCUGUCCGCUGAUAUCCUCGCUGCCCUGGCUGUCUACAUCCCUACUUGCGCUGAGAUCGCCGCCAAGGAGUCUAUCUACGUUACCCUGGACGGUAUCUUUUCCGCUGUGGACCUGGAGUCUACUCUCGUCCUGAGCCUCUCUGCUCAGUCUUCUCUUUCUGCUUUCCUCGAGACUACCCUGAGCCUCGGUGCCGAUGUCAAGGCCGGUCUGGGCGUUUGCGCCAACGGCGGUGUUGUUGGCAGCUUGACUGCUGACAUCAAGGCUUCCCUGCUUGCUUGGCUCACGGGUGGCGACUGCUCUCUCGAUGCUGACCUCAAGGCCACCGUCCUUGCCUGGAUUCAUGGCAAAUCCGGUGCUGACCUUGUUGCCAUUGGGUCUCUCUCCGACAAUGCCCUGACCUCCAUCUCCGUUGGUGCUUCCGUCGGUGUUUCCGUUCAGGAGAGUGGCGCUCUCUCCACCCACGCCCAGGCUUCCAUUGCUGCUUUCCUGGAGGCUGCUGUUUCCGCCAACCUCGACGCCAACGUUCUGCUUGCCCUGAAGGCCUGCGCCAAGGGUCACCUCGCUACUUCCCUGUCCGUUGAGGCUCGAACUGCUCUCGCUGUCUGGCUGUCUGGCUCUGACUGCAGCCUCGGCGUUGAGCUGAAGGCUGUUGUCCUGCUCUGGCUGUCCCUGGCUGUCACCGAGACCUCCGUUGACCUUGUCACCGGCCUUGUCGGCGACAUCACCGGCUUCCUGACUGAGACCGUCCUGGCCACUCUGAGCGUCAACCUCCGUGGUGCCCUUGGUCUGCUCAUUUCUGGCGAGAGCCUGUCCUGCCUUUCCUGGGAGGCUCGCGCUGAGUUGGCUGCCUUCCUGGGUGGCUGCACCAGCAUCGAUAUCGGUAUCAACAUCGAGCUCAUCAUUAUUGAGUGGUUCACCGGCUGCAGCCUGCCCGGUGCUCCCAAGCCCUCCUCGGUCCCCAGCCUGCCUUCCUCCACCAGCAUCGUCAACACUCCCCUCUCCUCCGGCCCUGCCUCGACCCCCGGUGUUCCCUCUGGACCGGCUCCCUCUGGCCCUGCCGCCUCUACCACCCCCUGUGACACCGAGACCAGCUCCAUUAUCGACUCUACUAUCAUUCCCGGUGGCCCUGCUCCUACUGGUCCUGCCAACUCUGGCUCUGUUCCCUCCGGCCCCGUUCCCAGUGUCCCUGCUCAGUCUAGCUCCGUUCCCUCGGGCCCUAUUCCUUCCGGUGCUUCUCCAUCUGAAUCUGGUGUCCCCGGUGGCCCUGCUCCUUCUGGACCCGCUACCACCCCCUGUGACACCGAGACCAGCUCCAUUGUUGGCUCGACUGUGAUCCCUGGUGGUCCUGCUCCUACUGGCCCUGCCAACUCGGGCUCUGUGCCCUCUGGCCCCGCCCCCAGCGGCCCAGCUGAGUCUGGCUCCGUUCCCUCGGGCCCUGCUCCCUCCGGUGCUUCUCCCUCCGAGUCUGUUGUCCCCGGUGGCCCUGCUCCAUCUGCCACCACCCCCUGUGACACCGAGACCAGCGCUGUCGUGAGCUCGGCUGUCAUUCCCGGUGGUCCUGCUCCUACUGGCCCUGCCAACUCGGGCUCUGUGCCCUCUGGCCCCGCCCCCAGUGGCCCAGCUGAGUCUGGCUCCGUUCCCUCGGGCCCUGUUCCCUCCGGUGCUUCUCCCUCCGAGUCUGGUGUCCCUGGUGGCCCUGCUCCAUCUGCCACCACCCCCUGUGACACCGAGACCAGCGCUGUUGUGAGCUCGACUGUCAUCCCCGGUGCCCCUGCGCCCUCGGGUGCUUCUCCUUCUGAGACCCCCGUCGCUGGCGGUGGCUCUCCCUCCGGCCCCGGUGCCAGCGCCAGCACUCCCUGUGAGACUGAGACCAUCCCCGCUGUCACCUCUACCGUCAUCCCCGGUGGCUCUGGUGCCACUCAGCCCCCGGCUCCUACCACCGCUCCCUCCGUCCCUAGCGGCGGCAACGGCGGCGAGAUUGACAGCACCACCACUGUCACCGUCACCUCGACUGUCUGCAACUGCGAGUAA